GGUUAUCAAUGCCGAGAAGUCGGAGUUCAACGAGGACCAGGCGGCCUGCUGUCGGAUCUCCAUCCGGAGGAGAGAGCUGGGCCUGGAGGAGGACGAAGAAUGGCUGAUCCUGUGCUCCACGCAGUUUCUGACUGGUUAUUACUGGGCACUGUUUGAUGGCCAUGGUGGCCCAGAAGCUGCCAUCAUCGCCUCCAACUAUUUGCACUACUGCAUCAAGCAGAAGCUGGAGGAGGUUGCGGGAGGCAUCACAGAGGCCUGUCCACCUAUGCACCUGAGCAGACGCUGCGUCUGCAACAGCGACCCCCAGUUUGUGGAGGAGAAGCACAUCCAUGCAGAAGACCUGGUGGUGGGAGCCUUGGAAAAUGCCUUCCAGGAGUGCGAUGAAGUCAUUGGUCAGGAGAUGGAAGCUACGAAGCAGACAGGAGGUUGCACUGCUCUGGCUGCCCUUUAUUUCCAGGGAAAGCUGUACGUGGCUAACGCUGGGGACAGCAGGGCGAUUCUUGUUCUGAAGGACAACGUUGUGCCCAUGAGCUGCGAAUUCACACCUGAGACAGAGAGGCAGCGAAUUCAGCACUUGGCUUUUCUUUUUCCCAAGCUCCUGGACGGCGAGUUCACGCGCUUCGAGUUUCCACGGAGGUUGAAGGGAGAUGACCUGGGCCAGAAAGUCCUGUACCGGGAUUACUUCAUGGAAGGCUGGGGAUACAAGACGGUGGAGAAAGCCGACCUCAAGUAUCCUCUUGUCCACGGCCACGGGAAGCAGGCUCGCCUGCUGGGGACUCUGGCUGUCUCUCGAGGUCUGGGAGAUCAUCAACUCAAAGUCAUUGACACCAACAUCGAAGUCAAACCUUUCCUCUCCUGCAUUCCCAAGGUGAAUGUGUUUGACUUUGCUCUGCAUGACAUUAAGGAGGACGAUGUCCUCAUCAUGGCAACUGACGGCCUUUGGGAUGUUCUGUGCAACACAGAGGUGGCCCAAAUGGUCAGGAGCUUCCUUGCAGAAAACAGGACAGAUCCUCACAGGUUUUCAGAACUGGCCAAGUGCUUGGUAUGCAGAGCAAGGGGACAGAGGAGAGGCCACCAGUGGAUGUUGGAUGACAGCCACGAGGCAUCGUACGAUGACAUCUCUGUAUUUGUCAUCCCACUACACAACAGGGAUGAGGACUGA